AGAAAAGCAACGAUGGCGUUCAAGCUACUAGCGCUGACGAUACUUUUUGUAGCCUUGGGAGCUCAAAGCUCGCCAACACCAGACGCGUCGUGUACAAUCAACUCGGUUAACGAUGUGAACACGGUUGUGUCUAGUUGCACAACCAUUACGGUGGGUAGUUUUACUGUUCCCGCCGGGACCACCAUGAUCAUGAAUUUGAAGCAAGGAUCCAAAGUAUCCUUUACCGGAACAAUCGAUUGGGCUCAUAAAGAAUGGAACGGUUAUCUUCUCGAAAUCAUAGGAAACUCCGUCACUGUCGAGGGUACAGGAAACCACUUGUUCCACGGACAUGGGGAGCAGUACUGGGACGGUUUGGGCGGAGCGGGUACCAAGAAACCCACAUUUAUGUAUCUGAAGGGUACCGAUUCAACGUUUAAGAACUUCAAAAUCAAAAACUGUCCCAUGAGAUGCGUCGCUAUCGACGGAUCGAACAACUUAGUUGCGAGUGGUUUCACCAUUGACAAUGCUGAAGGUGCACCGGGUACCGCAAAGAGUGGAAAGGAAGGUCACAAUACCGACGGUUUUGACAUCGACAAAUCGACGUACGUUACUGUCAAAGACGCCACUGUAACGAACCAGGAUGACUGCGUGGCUAUCAACGGCGCACAACAUAUCACCAUUGACAAUUUCCACUGCAUAGGAAGUCAUGGUUUCGACAUAGCCACUGGAAUGUCGUCCGACUAUGACCAAAACGUCGUUCAGAACGUCACUUUCUCCAAUUCCGUCCUAGAUGGAGGAAUGUACGGAAUACAUAUUUUGACGUGCAACGACGGAGGCCAAGGAAAAGUUGAUACGGUUUACUACAAAAACAUCAAAAUUAACGGACCAUCGGAUUAUGGUGUAAUGUUCCAACAAGAUUUCUCCAACGCAAAGCAAGGAUCCACCGGCAAUCCAACGGGAAAUGUUCCGAUAAGCAACGUUUACGUAAAUGGCGUCAGCGGAACCAUGAACGGGCAGUACUCAUCGGCAGUAACAAUCAGAUGUGCGGCUUGUUCAAACAUCUCCUUUGAUUCGAGUUUUUCGAUCACGGGUGCCAAAGCCAAGGACGAAUGCAAAAACUUCCAACCUACUGGCUACACAUGUAAAACAUAAUUUUGUGCAAUAAUAAAUUUUAAUUGUUUAAUAAGUUAA